AUGAAGAAGGAGGGUGGAGCCUCCAAGCUGCCCACCGCUCCCAAAGCCACCCUCGUUCCGCAGAUGGCACCUCCUGGCCUUCCCCGCCUGAGCUUGCCGCCACAGCUGUGCCUGGAUGUGCCGCUCCUUCCUCAUGCUGAGUGCUUGUCCCUCCCAGAAGGCCCCCUGCCAGUGGGCACUGAUCCCAGGGGAGGGAGGCAUGGGCGAGCCGAGGCCAUGGGCAACCUGACGGGCAGCACGGACUUCUGCCUGGUGCAGUUCUCCGCCUCCCGGGAGCUGCAGUGGCUGCACGGAGCCCUGUUCCUGCUCGUCUACCUGGGCUCGCUCCUGGGCAACCUGCUCAUCGUCCUGCUGGUCAGCCUGGACCGCUGCCUGCACACGCCCAUGUACUUCUUCCUGAAGCACCUGUCCCUGCUGGACGCCGGCCUCGUCUCCGUCACCGUGCCGCGCCUCGUCGCCGGCUCCUUCUCGCACCGCAGCUGCAUCCCGCGGGCCGGCUGCCUGCUGCAGGUGCUGCUGGUCAUCCACUUCGCGGGCUCUGAGCUCUUCCUGCUCACGGCCAUGGCGUAUGACCGCUACGUGGCCGUCUGCCACCCGCUGCACUACGAGGUCGUCAUGGGCAGGGCCCUGUGCGUGCGCUUCGCAGUGGCCUCCUGGGGCCUGGGGGGCCUGUUCGGGAGCCUGUACGCGGGCGGCACCUUCUCCCUGUCUUUCUGCGGCUCCAGGAGGGUCCCCCAGUUCUUCUGUGACGUGCCGGCCCUGCUGAAGAUCUCCUGCUCGACCGACCACAUGGCCAUCAGCGUCAGUGUGGCGGCCGGAGUGCUCUACGGCUUUCUCUGCCUGCUGGCCAUCACCUGCUCAUACGUGUACAUCUUCAGGGCGGUGCUGAGCACGGCUGCCAGUCAGGGCCGCGCCAAGGCCUUCUCCACCUGCCUGCCCCAUCUGGCCGUUGUCUCCACCUUCCUCCUGACUGGAGCCGCCGCCUACCUGAAGCCAGUGCCCGACUCCCCGUCUUUCCUGGACCUGCUCCUCUCCGUGCUGUAUGCCGUGCUGCCGCCCUCCCUGAACCCCCUCAUCUACAGCCUGAGGAACAAGGACAUGAAGGCGGCGCUGAGGAGGCUGCUGUGGAAAUCACAUCUGCGCACCACUGCCAGCCACCUUGGUCGUACGCAGCUCAAUAAAUUCUCCUUCGAGAAGAAAGUGCGGCAGGGGCGGUCAUUUGCCGCAAGCACAGCGUCCCAUAGCCCCACCUCCACCCCGGCAGCCGCCAAGACCGGCCCCUGA